AUGGUGCGAUCGCUGCAUCCUCAUCAAUUCCGGUCGCCAUGGCCAAUGUAUUAUUGGGCCAAAGGUCUGAGAAAGAUUGGGCCACAAAGGCAUGACAAAAACAAAUGGCCGGUUAACAGAUGGUUCCCUGAAUUGAAUCCUAAGAUUGAGAAGACGAAUCCGAAACAAUUGUGGAGUAAGUCUUCUUCAGAUGUUUAUUAUUCAAAUUUUUAGGUAGCAAAGGGUGAAACUGUCUUUUUGAUAGAUAUUUGAAAGAAACGAUUAUUUAAAUUGUUUUUGAGAUUGAAAAUAUGGUAUACCUUGUUUGAAUUGCCAUUUUCAAUGCGACAUAGUGACGUUAAAGCUAGUGUUUGCAGUAAAAAAGUUGACCUAAUAUGUGUAGAAGAUAAUUAUAGAGAAUAAUUGAUAAAUAAUGUGUAUUCAGACUACACAAAGACUCAACCAACUGGUUAUGUGGAUCCAGUGAGCAAAGAAUUUGUACAUGUGCCAGAAAUGGUGCCAGAACUGAUUGUACCAGACUUGACUGGGUUUGAAUUGAAGCCAUAUGUUAGCUACAAGGUUGAUAAUGAAAUAGAAAAGAGGUGAGUGGGAUAAAACUUUCUAUUUUUGGUGUUUUAGGUCUGACAAAGUGUGUGAUCAAGUGUAACAUAUCGAUAAUGUUAUCUUUUUUCUCUCAGGUAUUUAUUAAAGUAAAAAUCAAAUAUUACAGAGAAAAGGCGUAUCACAAGCUUAUAAAAGAGAAGGGAAGUAUCGAGAUGGCUGAUUUGUAUUCAGACGAAGAUCAGCGAUGGCCUCCGCCGAAGACAACGCCCAAAUUAUUAUUUGAUAUUCACUAUGCUGAAAAGAUUCGUGCUGAAUUUAAUGCAAAGAACAAAAAGGAUUAG